AUGCAUUCUCUUUCCCUUCUAGCCUUCGCCGCUGUUGGCCCUCUGCUGGCCGCAGCGGCCAACUGCACACGCGAGUUCCUCAAGGGCACUGCCGACAGCCUAGUCGCCGCGCAAACCGCUGGCGACCCGAGCCAGCUCAAGCCCGUCUCGGAGAGCCUGGUAUACCGCGAGAACUACGCGACCGCGGCCUUCAAGUCGGGCAUCCUAGCUACGGCUCUCAAGAUCGACCACAGCCGGCACGACCUCGACACGACCCAGUGCGCCACCUUCACGGAGCUGGUCUCGGCGUCGGGGCCCAAGCCCUACGUGAUCGGCGUCCAGAUGUACUUCACGGACGGCGCCGUGUCCAAGAUCGACACGCUCAUCACGUCCACGGGCGACUGGCUCUUCAACGCGACCAACACGCUCAAGUGGACCAGCCAGGAGGACUGGGGUACCAUCCCCGAGGACAAGCGCGACACCCGCGCCGUGAUCCAGGCGGCCGCCGACGCCUACUGCGACAUCUUCAGCAACAAGAGCGUGGUCGUGCCGUGGGGGAGGCCGUGCGCGCGGCUCGAGGGCGGCGCGUACACGGGCAACGGCGGGCCCAACGACCGGUGCGACGUCGGCAUCCCCAGCGGCGUCUCGCUGACCGACCGGCGCUACGUCAUCGACGAGACGAUCGGGGCCGUCUCCGUCUUCCUGAGCUUCUCUGGCAUCCCCGACAGCCACGAGUUCCGGAUCGAGAGCGGCAAGAUCCGCUACGUCCACACCAUGACCGUCAUGACCGCCGCCAGAGGCAAUGGCAGGGGAAUGAGGAAGGUGAGGGGGAUCGUGAGGCCCCUUGCCAACUAA